UAGGUGGUAAGCCAAGUACAGUUUGUACCCCUCCUUCCCUGCCCCAGGUCACCAUGAGGAUGGCUGCCCUGGGCCUCCGCUGGGCAGUUCUCCUGCUCCCUCUUUUGGUGUUUGGGGUGCCCACCGAGGAGCCCACCUCUGGGGAAGCCAUGGGCUCCAGUCCCCCUGGGCACUGUCGACGGUGCUGUGACUCUGAGGAUUCCUUGGCCCCUGCUGAUGCUGCAGAUGUGUCCUCGGUCUCCCCAUCUGCCCUCCUGUAUAUGCUACCUGAGGUCAGGCCCUACAUCAACAUCACCAUCCUGAAGGGUGACAAAGGGGACCGAGGCCUGGUGGGCACACCCGGAAAGCUGGGUAGGGAGGGAGCCCGGGGGGAGCGCGGCCCACAGGGCACCAAGGGUGCCAAGGGGCAGGUGGGCAGCCCCGGUGGCCCGUGUCAGACACGCUUCUCGGCCUUCUCAGUGGGCCGCAAAACGGCCCUGCACAGCAGCGAGGGCUUCCAGCCACUGCUCUUCGACACGGUCUUCGUGAACCUGGAUGGGCACUUUGACCUGGCUGCCGGCCACUUUGUUGCACCUCUCCGCGGCCUCUACUUCUUCAGCCUCAACGUGCACAGCUGGAACUUCAAGGAGACUUACGUGCACAUCGUGCACAACGAGGAGGCAGCCGUCAUCCUGUAUGCACAGCCCAGUGACCGCAGCAUCAUGCAGAGCCAGAGCGUGAUGCUGGCCCUGGCGCCCGGUGACCGCGUCUGGGCACGGCUCUUCAAGCGCGAGCGUGAGAAUGCCAUCUACAGUGAUGACGUGGACACCUACAUCACUUUCAGUGGCCACCUCAUCAAGCCCGAGGACGAUUAGUGCCUCCAGAGGGCGGCUGGGGUGCGGGAUGGCGGUGCGCAGGUCCUGUCCUCUGUAGAGUGAGCCCCCUGGGACUCGGCAUUCUGGGUCGGCUCCUCCUUUCCUUCCCCCCAUCACCCCUCCCAGUCUGUUUCUGCCUCUCUCCUCUCCUGGACAUAUUUUAAGAAGUCUUCUAACCUAAGUAUUCUAGAACUCUCCCAACCUUUCAGACCAGCACUUUUCAAACUUGAAUGUGUGUGCCAGUCACCUGGGGACUGUGCUGACAUGCAGAUUCUCAUUCGGCAGGCAUGGGGCCCCAGGAUUCUGUGUUUCUAAUGAGUUCCUGGGAGAUUCUGACAUGCUAAUCUAUGGACCCCACUUGAGUAACCAGAUUUUAGAACUUUCACAGCAUUCUAGUGUGUUCUGAGCAUUCUGGGAUCCUCCAAACAUUCCAGAAUCUUCCCAACAUCCUUGAACUCUGUCAUUCCUCUAAUGCUCCCCUUCUGCUCUCUUGCCCCUACCUCCUCCUCCUGGCCAUUGUCAGGCACUGAUAUCUGUCCCCAGGUGCUCUCUGCCCUCUGCAGGCCCUCUCGCUGGCCAAGUGCUCCUGGAUCUCCAGGCUUUGUUAAGGUGCUGAGGCCCUGGUGGGCUGCCCCCUCCCUGCAGAACCUCCUCUGGCUGCCUUUACAGAUGCUGCUGGGUAGUGGGCCAGGGCAGAAGGUACCAGGCUUUGGACCCCUCAGCAGCUCUGGGGAACUGAAGUGGGCAACAUUCCAGGUCAGGCAGUGGGACCCUCCUCUGAGCCAUGAUGCCAGGAGAGGCUCUGGGAGAGGCUGAGGCCAAGUAAGGGGCAUCAGGCCCUCUGUCCUUUCUCCCUCACCCAGGGUGGGGCAGCCUGGUGGCCCCAAGCCUUCUGCUCCCCCAACUCCAGGUGGCCUGAACCUCUCCCCAGAGGGACAUGGCCUCCGCCCAUUGGUGCUUAUGCAGCUUCCGGGGCAGUCUCUGGUGCCCACUCUGAGGUGGCCCCGGUGGUGGUCUCUGGUGCUCACUCCUAGCCAAGGGAGCCGCGGCUGUGUGGCUGGGUAAUGACAGCAGGGCCUGACCCAAUGUCGUGAAGGCUGGUGCUGUCUAACCACCCCCAGCCCAGCUCUGCCCCUGCCCUGCUUGUCCAGUGUGAUUAAAGGUUGUGUGUCU